GGUAUGCCCCGUGGAGAGCAACAGGAGGGCUAAGUCAUCUACCUCCUAAAGACAGAGCCCAGGUAGCCAGGUUCCGGGUGAGCUCACAGCAGGUCAACGCCACAAAGCUCAUUUGCCCAGCGGGGAUGAUGUCUGGACGCCUGGUGAGCCGUUCCAACACUUCCAGACGCCUGAGCCAUGCCAACAACCUGUCCUCCUCAGCCCAGACUCCACGCUGGCCCCACGGCCCCACCGUGACGCGGGCCAACAGUCUCAAACGCCCCCGCACCCCGAGUGGCUCGGAGUUCAGCAGAUGCAGCAGCCCCUCUGAGCAGUCCGACAGCCCCGGCUCCCCCAGGCUUCCAGUGAGGAAAAUCUGCAUGGGCCGCCCCUACAACUCCAAGUGUGUAGAGACCAGCCACCUCGCGAACCGCCCCAAGGUGUCCAGGAGGCCCACUUGCCGCGGCAGCCCCAGCUGCCUGCUCUGUACCGAUCGCCCCUCCGGCCCCUAUAGCCCCACCUUCCUGGACCAACUCAUCAAAGGCAUCAACUACCUUGACAGAUCCACCAAUGCCAUCUAUACCCACUGCCCCAAGUCAUCCCUGAGCCUGCCGAGGCUGGCGGCCAGCUACCUGGAGCGCGCCGCCACCUCCAUCCACUUGGACAGCCCAGACCACUCCUUCCCCCGCAGUUACUCCACUCCCGUCACCAGCGUGGCUGCCUCCGACCACUGCACCAGCACGAGCAUGGUGCCGUCCACCAGGGGUGUCAACGCUCUGUGGUGCUUGGAUGACUCCGCCAGUACCAGCUGCCCACGCCGGCUUCAGAGCCAGAGACUCACGCCUGAGCUGCCCCAGAGGCCGGGCACAAAGCUGCCCGAGCUGCCCUUGUUCAGCAACGGGAUCUUUUCCUUAGGCCGUCUGCCCAAGUUCUGGGAGGCAAUCCGCUCGGGCUGGAGAGCCCCCGAGCCCAUCUCCAAACCCUGUAGCUGGUGGUAACAUCGACCGUGAAAUGCGUACAUGUCCAUCAGGCCACAGUUGUAGAAAAUAAAUUGUGGC